GGGCCGGGGAAGCCGGCGGCCCCCGCUGCGGCCGGCGGGGCGGGCCAGCCGGGGGUCUCGGCAGGGAAGCGCUGGUGAGGCCCCGCCGCGCCGUUCAUGGAGGAGAGGGGCGGCAGCGCGGCGCGCACCGUUUCCUCAUCCUCCCCGUGUGCUCGGAGGCGCCUCCGGCGGAGUACCGGCCAGGCCCCUCUCCCCCGCCGGGCGCCAUCGGCGGCUGCUGGGCCAGGCCCGGCUGGCAACCGCUCGGGGGGCUGCUGGUGGCGGACGGGGUGAGGGAGGAGCGGGCGCGCUGCCGCCGCUUCCUCCUGCACGGGGGCCGGAAGGCAGCGCGGCCCGCCGUGAGCUGCGAGCGGGAGAGGGCCGGGCCUCGGCGGCGCCGCCGCCGCUGCGGGUCACUCAGCCUUCCGCAGUGGGGGUGGGCGGCGGAGCGCGCAGGCCGGGGGAAGGGCCAGGCCCCGCCGCCUGUCUGGGCGAUGGAGUGAGGGAGCGAGGCUCGGCAGCAGGAAGAUGGCCGGUGGCGGCGGCGGCGGCGGCUGCAGAGACAGCUUGUUUCUGGAAGCUUUGGAUAGAUCACAGUCCAAGAGAGAUGGAGGUUUUAAAAAUAAUUGGAGCUUUGAUCAUGCAGAAGAAAGUGAAGGAGAUGCAGAGAAAGAUGAGGCAAAUCUGCUCAGUGUAGAUGACAGUGAUGGGCCAUUCAGUCCCAAUGAAGAAAGAAAGUCACUUCGUUGUCGGCCUGGAGCUGUCGGCACCAGUGGUGAUUUCAUAAAAACAUAUGCAAGGCGAGGCAAAGCUGGAAGCUUGAGACUUUUUAAAGGGAACUCAAUUGGCCUCAACAUGAUGGGAAAUAGCAAGAAACUGAGUGAAAAUGCUCAGAAUAUGUCUUGUCCUGUAACUGUGGUACAUGGUAGACGUUUUCACCAUGCACAUGCACAGACAGCAGUAGUAAAAACAGCAGCCCAAAGCAAUCUGGACCGAAAGGAAAGAAAAGAAUAUCCCCCUCAACUUCAGAAAGUAGAAGCAGACCACAUUAGGUUACCACGGUCUCAAGGUGUGGAUAGUAUAAUGGAAAACACAGAAGAGUCAGAAUCAGAAUCAGAAUCGGAAAUUAAGAGAAAAGUGCAACAGAAACGUUACUGCAAUUCAUAUCAAUCUGACUUGACUCUAUCUUCUGCUACAAAAAAAUGCUUAAGCCAGUUAAAGCUUUUGGAACAAAUUGAUUAUUCUACUGAUUGUCCAAAUUGUGGGCAGGCAAACGAUAAUCAGACCAAAUGCCGACAUUGUGAAAGUGCUUCUCUAAAGGAUUUGCAAAGAGUCUCCAGACAAACUGUGGCAUUAAGUGAAUCUGUGGGGCCUUUAUCACGUUCUUCAAUACAUCAGAAUUCAACAGGACAAAAAUCUUCGGGUACAGGGUUCAACACAAAGAAGUUUUAUAGUUCUGCUGUUGGGAAAGGUCCAACGGAUAUUCUACUGAGUAAUGAAGUUGUAGGACAUUCUAUGUUACGACAGAAUGGAAAAGUUGGUCUUAUAACUGGGACAAAAAGUCCUAAAAUUACAGGAAGCUUAAGACAGAGGAGUACAAGACCAUCAGAACUAAAUGAUCCAAUUGUUUUGUCUAGUGAUGAUGAUGAUGAGGAGGAUAGUGGCAGCACUAGGAGAAUGGAAAGCAUUUCACCUCGUCCUGCAGAUUCAGCCCGCUCCUCCCCAGCUCCUUCUACAGGAAAGGUGGAAGCAGCAUUAAAGGAAAACAGUUGUGGAAUAGAACAGAGAAUAGGUAGUAUAACAACAGAUACAGAAAUUGCAGUCACACUACCAAGAAAAGCAAGAAUGAAAGAUCAGUUUGGGAACAUUGUGUCUAACACUCCAAUAAAACGUCGUAAAGUUAUUUCUCAAGAGAUUGUAACUGAGGCUGUACCUCUAAAUUAUCAAAAUUCCUGUGAAAGUGUCAUUCUGAACUGUCGAAGUAUACGAAUAGGAACACUACGAAGAAUGGUAGUGGAACCUGUCAUUUUUUGCCUGGAUUAUAUCAAAAUACGCCUAGAAAGUCAAGAAGAAUCAGAAAGUGAUAUCCGAGAGAUUAACCUGAAAACUUCAGAACUUACCAAAUGUGAAUGGUGUAGUGUCCGAAAAUUACCAGUAGUUUUCCUACAAACAGUACCAUCAACCUGUAGUAGCCUGAGAGACCAACUGAAAAUGAGUAAAGAUAAUGUCUGGUACGAAUGUAAAGGAGACAGUCAAGAAGAACAGUACAUCAUUUUGAUUUUUGAAACUGGUCUUGAUACUCAUGCAAACUCAAUAUUUGAAAAAAUAAUUACUGACAUUGGUAUUAGAAAUAAUAUUUCUGACUUCUUUGUGAAAAUUUCCUUUGAAGAAGCCAAUGGCAGGCUUGUUGCAUUUACUAAGUGCUUGGAAGACAAUUCCAAAGGAAGCCCAUCUCACAGAGAAAACAAAAUAAAAAAUGUUGCUUCUGAGUCCAAAUUGCAGCAGCGAAAUAAACAAUUACCGUAUUUUGAUGAUGAUGAAGAAAUUGGAGAACCACAUACAGUAUUUAUUGGUCCUAUAGAAAAGUUGAUAGUUUAUCCACCUCCUCCAGCUAAAGGUGGUAUUUCUGUGACCAACGAAGACCUCCAUUGUCUAAAUGAAGGAGAAUUUUUAAAUGAUGUUAUUAUUGAUUUUUAUUUAAAGUAUUUGGUACUUGAAAAACUGAAAAAAGAAGAUGCUGAUAGAAUACAUGUAUUCAGUUCAUUCUUCUAUAAACGCCUUAAUCAAAGAGAAAGAAGAAGUAUUCAUGAAACUUCAAACCUUUCAAUACAACAAAAACGACAUGGGCGAGUGAAAACAUGGACACGGCAUGUUGACAUUUUUGAGAAAGAUUUCAUUUUUGUUCCCCUUAAUGAAGCUGCCCACUGGUUUUUGGCUGUCAUCUGCUUUCCUGGUUUAGAAAAACCCAAAUAUGAACCAAAUCCCCACUAUCAUGAAAGUGCUACAACACAGAUAAAAUCUUCCUCUUCAGAUGGAGAGACCAACACACCAUCUCCUUUGCCAAAUGAAUUAGAUGCACAAAACUCACCUUCCAAGUCCACAGCAAAGAAGACGUUGACCAAAAAAUAUAAUACAGCUUUAAUUGACCCAAACACUGAAACAGAGGACAGUGAGUCUUCAUGUUGUAGAAGAAGUCCUUGUAGGGGAAAAAUUGCUUUUAAAAAGCUAAAUCAAAUAGACAGUGACGUGGAAGAGCCUAACACUGUGGAAUCAGCUUGCCAUAAACUAGACCAUAGGACUCCGGACAAAAAUGGUAUACAGGGUGAAUUCACAACUGCUAGCCAAUCUAUGGAUGGAUUGCACAAAAUCAGGCUAAACUACAGUGAAGACUCAGCUGAUGGCAGUAAACUAAAUGAAGAUGAGCUUAUAGAUUUUUCUGAAGACCAAGAUAACCAGGAAGACAGUAGUGAUGAUGGUGGCCUUGUGGAUGAUAACUGUAAUUCAGAAAUGGGACAAUGGCACCUGAAGCCUACUAUCUGCAAACAGCCCUGCAUUUUGCUUAUGGACUCACUGAGGGGCCCUUCCCGGUCAAAUGUUGUGAAAACACUAAGGGAAUAUUUAGAGGUGGAAUGGGAAGUCAGGAAAGGCAACAAAAGAAGCUUUUCCAAAGACGUCAUGAAAGGUUCCAACCCAAAAGUGCCACAACAGAACAACUUCAGUGAUUGUGGAGUGUACAUACUGCAGUAUGUGGAGAGCUUUUUUGAGAAUCCCAUUCUGAGUUUUGAGCUACCAAUGAACUUAACAGACUGGUUUCCACGCCCAAGAAUGAAAACCAAAAGAGAAGAAAUACGAAAAAUAAUCCUGAAGCUGCAGGAACAGCAGAACAAGGAAAAGAAGGGACAAAAGGACCUGAGUUCAAUGGAAAGAUCUUUGCAGGAAAAAACAGAACAACUUAUCAACAGCAGCUCAGACUGAAUGUUGUAUCUGUUGCAUGUUAGCUCCACAAUCAAAACUGAAAUAUACAUUUUUUUGUCUGCCCAGACUAAAGAUUUGGCGUAUUCUCUGCUCAAAGUUACUUGGGAAUGUUUAAUGCCUGUAUAAAUGUGUGUCAUAAAAUGAUUUAAUUCCCACAAAGAUGUGUAUUAAGUAAGCAAGUCUGUACAUAUGUUAAUGAGGCCAACUUUUUCAGCAUUUGUAAUUACUUUUUUUCCACUUGUUAGGGAGCUUUUGUUAUGUAUUUCUGUUAAUAGAACUUAAAUAGCAACUUCUAAACAUAAAGCAAAUAAAGAAAAUAUUUAUAGGAUAAAAUGGUUAACUUUUUCUUUUUCAGUAAAGUUGUAAUGUUACAGGCUUAAGUAACACAUAGGGAACGAUUUGGUAGUGAGAUAACUAAUUCCUAUUUUGACCCUAUUUAGUUGCCCUUUACAAGAUUAUUCUGCUUGCGCUACAAGCAAUAAUAUGGGUGUCUCGAUGUACCAUGGCCUCAGAGAGGGUGAUUCCCAUCCUCCCAGUAUCUAAGUGUAGGCAGUGUAAUAGUUAAUAGGACUGCUUCAGAUUUGGGGUUUUAAAAGAUACGCAUUGCAAUUAAAAUUCCACACUUGCUUUAGUGGGACGGGCUAGGAAACGGGGGAGAAUGCUCUUUGACCAGAGAUUACUAUUCAAACAGUAUUAUAAAAGUGGUUUCAAUGAAGUGAUCUUGAGUGAUACUAUUAAAUCAUAUUUUGUGGAUCCCAAUUGUUGUACAGGUGUAUUUUGAGACUUUCUUCAUUAUAAAAUUGUAUUUUGGUAAGUGUACUUGGAAUAGCAGAUUGCCCACAUUACAUUUUCUAUGUUACAACUCUGAAUGUUACAUUCAUAUGUGCUUUAUCUAAGUAAUGAACAUUUAAAAAGAAAAAAAGUGUAUGAUUACUAUUUUUUGUAAUAUCCACGCAAAAAACCAAAAUACCAGUGUUCAUUGCUUGCUUGUUUGUUCUUGGCUUUAGGUAGCAUCAGACUAAUGUUGGGAUUUGUUUGGAUAUUUCCAGUGUAUUUUGAUUUUACAACAAUCUAAAAUGCCAUCGUUGCUUAAACUGCAAACGUAGCCUUUUAUCCUUGUUACAGAAAGGCUGUGGUAUUCACAUGAGGAAAGUAAGAGAUGGUUCGUGCAAGGAUAUAUGUAUCUCCAGUCUUCUACUGACAUAGAUGUCUUUGAAGGGAACCAGAAACUCCUCCCAGGAAGGAAUCUGUCAGGGGAGAGAGGGACCUUCUAUCCCUCCUUGCAGAUAGUAUUUUCUCUCCUGAUUUUUCUGCUGGGAAUGUCAUUUGUCAUUCCCUUCUCCCAAAGAGAAGCAGCAGAGAAUUCAUUAGCUGAACUCUCCGUCCCCCAAGAUCAAUUUUUAUACGCAAGAUCAAUUUUUAUACGCAAGAUCAAGUCUAACCCAGUACUUCAGGUUCUCCAUGAGUUUUCAUUCUCACUAAACCUUGAAAACACGGCUGCUAAUGACGUUACUGCCGGGGCGUUUCUGCAGAGACGACUGUCUCUGUGAAACCCUCUGUGUAAAAGGGGUUUCGCUCACCAAGGCAGAGCGAGUGCACGUAGAGCAAUACAACCGUGGGCUGCUAAUCUUUUGCACAGAUAACCCGUGGGAUUUAGGGGACUUGGUCAUUCCCUCUUCUCGCGUAGAAGAAGUGGGCCCCACGGAGAAUACGUGAGCACCACGUAUAUACAUCAUGUUAGAGAUGACUCCUGCAUAGGUUUCGUGUUGAAAGUACGUGGGGGGAAAUCUUCUGGACUACAAGUUAAAUAUGUAAUGUGCACACCUCCGAGUUGUUUCCUCCAUCGAAUUUAUCCAGUAUUCUUGCCAUUGUUGGGGAAAAUCUGUGAUAAAAUAGUUUCAGGCUGUUUCCUUGCAAGGUCUUGUGUAUCUGGCUUCAGUGCAACUGACAUACAGGAAUAGUAAAAUAUACAAAUGCAGGUAAAUCAGUGAUGGCUUGUAGAGAGGGAAGGAAAAGAAUUUCUUGGAAAUACAGAGAAGAGACAAUUGCAAAUAGAAUGUAUUUCUUCCUGGUUUUGUCUUUCCCAAUGGUAUGUUCUAAUUAUAUGGAAUAUAUCCAAAUUUGAUCAAUAUAAUAGUUAGUUUUCCUUUUUCUAACAUUUGUGAUGCAGGUUCAUAAUUUGAUGCUGUAGAACUAUUUGGUUCUCUUGCUAGAAUGGCCUGGUGCUUCCUCCUUCUCCCUCCUCUUUCCUGUCCUCCCCUUCUUCCUCCCUCCCCUUUUCAAAGCUGUGAAGAAAGUGUUUGAUUUAUUAUCAUUUAAUGUUAAAGGUCUUGAGAUCUUCAGUCAUAUACAGCAAGCUAAUAUACAUGUUAAAUAUAGGAAACUUAUUUUUUUAAU